UGUAUUUCUCUUCGUAUGUAUUCGCAGGAUGACGAUUGCUGAAGAUGAGGAUGAUUGAGGAGCUGAUUGGGGUACAUGGUUCAUGAAUGCUUGAAUAUCUGAAGUGGAGUGCUUGCUUGCUCGGCUGUGUUAGUGUAGUCCCGCUCUCCUCCCUCCACCACCGGCGACUCCCACACCCAAGCCUCCACCUCCCAACAACAACCAACACCAACAACCCAGACAACAGCAGGGCGAUGCUCAGCUUCCUCGACUUACUAGCUUGGAUUUCGUUGGCAUGGUACGCCAUCAUGGUACUCAUGGCCGUCUCGGGCUCAGUCAUCGCCUUCCGCAAGUACCGACAGCCACCCCCACCGCCGCCGUUCCCGAUCUCCUCCUCACCACUAUCACAAGUCGCGCCCAACUCGAACCCGAUCCGGCCGAACUCGAAAACCCAAAACCUGCUCAUCCCAUCCGUCUCGAUCCUCCGUCCACUCUGCGGAUUAGAUUACGGACUCCGCGAGAACCUCGAAAGCGCUUUCCUCCAACAAUGGCCCCUCGAUCGCUUCGAGAUCAUCUUCUGUGUCGCUCACCCCGAUGACCCUGCUCGCAAAGUCGCUCAAGAACUUAUCUCUAAAUAUCCCGCAGUACGUGCUCGGCUGUUGAUCGGGGAAGAACGAGUUGGUGUGAACCCAAAGAUCAAUAAUUUGAUGGAGGCCUACAGAACGGCGGAAGCUGAUCUACUAUGGAUCCUCGAUUCGAAUGCACGGGUGCAUCCGACAACGCUCGCCCGGGCAGUUUCAGUGCUAUGUCCGCCAAGUGGACCGACGCGAAGCCGUGGUCGGACCCGGAUCGGCCUGGUACAUCAUGUGCCAGCAGCAAUCCUCCCCAAGCCAGGAGGGAAACAGAACGCUCAAAGAGGUCUGGGAUGUCUACUCGAAGGCUGCUUCUUGAACGGGAACCAUGCCCGACAGUACCUCAGCUUGAA